UUUUUGAUGGCUGACGGUGAAAGAAAAUAGGUUUGUUUAUUGAUAGAUUUUUAUAAAUUUUAUUUAAUUCAUUGCAUUUAAUAUUUAUAAAUUGAAUUCUCAAAUACUUUUCAAUAAAUUACAAAGUCAGUUUAAAAUACAGAAACCAAAUGUGAGUUGAAUCAUUUCCAUUACGAAUGGAAGCAUCGUCUGUGGAAUCCAACACAAAAGGAAUGGAGUCUGUGGCAGCAGUGGUGGUUGGAGGCGGCGAAUCGGAGGUGGUAGUGUCCCAGUGGGGCGGCGGUGGAGGGGCGGUGUAUUGGCAACAGGCGGCGGAGGAACAUGGCAGCAAUAGUGUCCCGGAGGCAGUGCCUGUGUCCACUAAUGAAAUGCAUACGGCUGGUGAAGGCACUUUCCUUUGUCUUGACUGUGACAUGCCACUCAACAUUGAAAUGAAGAAAGACCACCUACUAGUCUGCAAGUCACGUCACCAGGACUCCGACAAAGUGGACCGUCACCAAAUCGUCACCUCGACACCAAUUUCUCGUCCCACUCUGCUCACCUGCGUCUCCAACAACAACCAGUCACCGAUUGUCCGCCUCACCACCACAAAAGAACACCACAACAGGCCUGCUUUACAAUCUGUGGUCGUGGAAGGUCACACUCCGCUUGCUAGGUCAACCCUUGUGCACUCUGUGGUGGGUGACGACAAUUCUAACAAUUCUCCGCUCCCUAGGUCUGUACUUGAGCACUCUGUGGUCAAUUGUAAUAAUUCUCCGCUGGCUAGGUCCGCUCUUGUGCACUCUGUGAUUGAUGGGGAAAAUUCGCAAAUUGCUAGAUCCACAAUAGUCAUUCAAGAAGACUGUGCUAACAAUACAACCAUGGACCGAUUUCAGACCAUUGCUAACAAUUGUGAUAAUACCACUCUGGGUAGAUCCGCUGUCCUACAAACUGUUAACAUAGAGGAGAACUGUGACAACACCACGAUUACCAGGGGAGGUCUGUUGAGAGUAACCGAUCAAAGUAACCGUUCCACACUGGGUAGACUGCAAACUGUGAAUAUUGAGGGUAACUGUGACAACGCUAGAGGCGGUAUACUAACAGUUACCGACCAGAAUAACCGAUCUACAAUACUUGUUUCCGAGGGGAAUACAGUUAGUAGAGUGAAUCUAAUCACAACCUCUGAAGGGGACACAGUUGUUGAGAGGAGUGGAGGGGGAAUGAUGGGGCAUACGGUGAUAUCACGAGCCGAUAUCAUGGGGGAACGAACUGUCAUCUCGAGAUCAGACCUCAUGGAGGAACAAGCAAGCUAUGGAGCGGGAAUGUUGUCCAGGGGAAAUAUUCUGACCAGUGUUUCGGAUGACACCCAGAUGUCGAGACCAACCCUUAUCACGACAACUGUGAACAAUCAACAACCAACCCUAAUUGCCACCAUGACAGAGGACGGUAUUGUGGUUACAGCCGCCCCUGAAAGUCAUCAACUACAGUUGAUGGAGUCUGUAAUCACAGAUCAAACCGGUUUGGGUGAAGGUUAUGUUACAUCAACUACCACCACACAACCUAGGGUUAAGAGUUUACCAACAAUUCAGUUAAUCUGUCAACCGAACGGGAAACAAUGUAAGGUUUACACAGAUGAGGUGGAGAACUACAAAUGUCCUGUUUGUAAAUACACGACAACGACAUCCUCGAAUUUGAGUACACAUAAAUGUAUCACACAGGCUGACAGGUUGAGGUGUAACGAGUGUUCAUAUGUGGCGGAGAGUUCAGGAUCAUUGAGUCGACACAUGGUGUCUCACAGGAAAUCGCGUAGCUCCUCCUCAAGUAGGCCUUUAAAAUGUCCCCCCGAUUUGGAGAAGUUGGUUGAGAAGCGACAGUUGGACAACAUGGAGGAGGUUUUCGGGUGUACCCAGUGUGACUUCACUAGUAGCAUGUAUCUGUCGAUUCGUCACCAUGUAAACACGCAUAACAUUGAGAAACCCCUCCACUGCGACCAGUGUAGCUUCAGCUGUAAAUUAGAGGUGAACCUUAGGAACCACAAGUUGACCCAUGAAACGAAGGAGGAGAAGAAGAAGAAAAGAGUGUGGACUAAAAAGGUGAAGGUUGGGGGUGUGAGUAUAGUGUGUAAGAUAUGUAGAUACGCGUAUGUGGAAGGGGAGGACCCCAACGAUCAUAUAGACACACAUUUAAAGAUGGAUCCUGAUCAGCUGACGUUCUGUUGUCAGGUGUGUGGCGUGGCGUUUGCCACUGUGAAGUCGUCACGUGAUCAUGUGAGGGCGCACAUGAAGAAUUGGCCCUACCCUUGUCCCGAGUGUGACUUUAAAUGCUACAAAGUCCUCAACAUGAAAGUCCACGAGAAAACUGCUCACAGGAAAAAUAUCCUCCACUGUGAAGAUGAGGAAUGUAAUUUUACAUGUAAACUCAAAUCCAAUAUGAAGUUGCAUAUGAAAUCGGAACACCCCAGACGAGGCCAAAAACGUCCCAUUGAACCUCUGCAGAUUAUCACGAGACAAAAGAAGAAAAUGGCUGCGUUGAUAUUGAAUUGUACAAAGUGUGAAUAUAAGGCAGAUACAAGGCCGGAACUGGAGGAGCAUUUAAAGACACAUAAAAGCACGACCGUCUAUAAGUGUACAGAGUGUGAAUAUACAUGUAAAUUAUUGAGAAACUUCGAGCAUCAUAAAAUGAUACACGAGUCUGACUCCAGUGAUAGGGAGUAAAGAUACACUAAUGAUACUGUUGCAUCCGAAAAGAUACACAAGGAGCUUUAAUGUAUCUUUCCAUAAGAAACAGAUGUUCUUUUGUAUCUUCUCAAAAGCAACGUGUUGCAUCCGAAAAGAUACACAAGGAUCUUUAAUGUAUC